AUGUCUGUGGACCCCUUAUCCAGCAAAGCUCUGAAGAUCAAGCGCGAGCUAAGCGAGAAUACACCGCACCUGUCGGACGAGGCGCUGAUGGGACUGUCGGUGCGCGAGCUCAACCGGCACCUGCGCGGGCUCUCAGCGGAGGAGGUGACGCGGCUCAAGCAGAGGCGCCGUACGCUCAAGAACCGGGGCUAUGCGGCCAGCUGCCGCGUGAAGCGCGUGUGUCAGAAGGAAGAACUGCAGAAGCAGAAGUCGGAGCUGGAGCGCGAGGUGGACAAGCUGGCGCGCGAGAACGCCGCCAUGCGCUUGGAGCUGGACGCGCUGCGUGGCAAGUGCGAAGCGCUGCAGGGCUUCGCGCGCUCGGUGGCCGCGGCCCGGGGGCCCGCGGCGCUCGUGGCGCCCGCCAGCGUCAUCACCAUAGUCAAGUCCACCCCCGGCCCAGCUCCCGGCCCGGACCCCGGCCCCGCCCCUGGCCCUGCCCCCGCCGCCUGCUCCUAG